GCCGCACCCCAGAACUCUCUCUCUGGACGCCAGCAGCGGCAGUGCAGGGCCAUGGCGGCGGCGCCAGCGGUGUGCACCUCGCAGGGGACCCCGCCGGGUGCACCGUCCGCGCCGGCGGUCGCGCCCGCACCCGCGGCUGGCCUGGGCCGCUGCCGGAUGGCGCUGCUGCUGGCCGUGGCGCUGGACGUGGCAGGCAUGGCGGCGCUGUUGACUGGAGUGUUCGCGCAGCUGCAGGUGCGCGGCCGCGACUUCGGGGACCUGCUCAUCUACUCGGGCGCGCUGCUGGUGUUCCUGAGCCUGCUGGGCUGGAUCCUCUGGUACACCGGCAACAUCGAGAUCUCGCGCCAGGAGCUGGAGCGCGACUACGGCCUGCGGCCCUCGGCGCUCGCCCGCCUGGCGCGCAAGCUCUCCCGCCGCUGGUCGGCGCCCGCCGCCGCGGGCCAGCGCCCCGCGCCCGGCUCCCGGAGCGUGCGCCGAGCCGCCCGCGCGCCCCCGCCGCCCGCAGGCUCCCGCCGCGUGCGCCUGCAGCUCGCCACGCUCGAGGCCGGGCCCGGGGCGGCGGGCGCGGGCAGCGAGUGAGGCCCAGACAACCCCUCGGCUCCAGCUGUCAGGACCGGACUGCAGUGUGCAGCUGCCUCUAUAUCCGUGGCCAGCAGGACGCUCCCUGUCCGCCCUCCCUCCUUACUUGGAUAAAAAGCAGAUUUGCCU